UGAGCAUUUAAUAGCCACGUACAAUCGGGUAGCGUGAUAGGAGAAUCAAAAAGACCGGUUAGUUGCUAAAAGUCUGUGAAGUAAGUUUGAAGUAAAUUCGAAAAUAAAACCAACAAGAUGUGGUUAAAACUAUUUGCGUUCUUCUUUAUUGUAACGUGUAUUUGGGCUGGGGAGAAAGAUGUCGCCGAAUACGGCGACGAUGAUUUUUCGUCGAAAGUGUCCGAACACGACACUGUCUUAGUCAUGUUUUAUGCCCCUUGGUGUGGUCAUUGUAAGAGAUUAAAACCUGAAUAUGAAAAGGCUGCCGAAGAUUUGAUUCGAAAUGAUCCUCCUGUUAUAUUGGCUAAAGUCGAUUGUACAGAAGCUGGAAAAGAGACUUGCAACAAAUUCAGCGUUAGCGGUUAUCCCACUUUAAAAAUCUUCCGAAAUGGUGAAAUGUCCCAAGAAUAUAAUGGCCCUCGUGAUGCUUCAGGUAUUGUUAAAUACAUGAAAGCUCAAGUUGGACCCAGCUCGAAAGAACUUAAAGAUCUCUCUGCUUUGGAGAAAUUCCUUGUUGCUGAUAUGGACGUUUCAAUAAUUGGACUUUUCGAAAAAGAAUCAGACCUAAAAUCAACUUUCUUCAAAUUAGCUGAUAAAGAACGCGAGAAAUUAAGAUUUGGCCACAGCACCCACAAAGAAGUCAUGGAUAAAUACGGCGUCACCGACGGCAUUAUCCUAUUUAGACCACCUCACCUAGCUAACAAAUUUGAAGAAGAUAUGAUUAAAUACACCGGAGAAGCUUUAACAGUUGACCUCCAUAAUUUUAUUACCAGCAAUUACCACGGUUUAGCUGGACAUCGCAAAAACGACAACAAACAAAAUUUCAACAACCCAUUAAUUACUGCUUAUUAUGCAGUUGAUUAUGUUAAGAACGCCAAAGGAACUAAUUAUUGGCGAAAUAGGAUUUUAAAGGUCGCUAAAUUAUUUAGUGGUCGUGCCACGUUUGCAAUUAGCGCUAAAGACGAAUUCCAACACGAAUUAAACGAAUAUGGAAUCGAUUUCGUUAAGGGUGAUAAGCCAACAAUUCUUGCAAGAGACGCCAAAAAUCAAAAAUUCAUAAUGAAAGAAGAAUUCUCCGUUGAUGCACUCGAAGGUUUCGCAAACGACCUCUUAGAUGGAAAAUUAGAACCUUAUUUGAAAUCUGAAGAGAUCCCAGAAUCAAAUGAUGGCCCGGUUGUUGUUGCAGUUGCUAAGAACUUUGACGACGUCGUCACCAACAAUGGAAAAGACACCUUAAUCGAAUUCUACGCGCCAUGGUGUGGACAUUGCAAAAAAUUAGCUCCAACUUUCGAUGAAUUGGGUGAGAAAUUAAAGAACGAAGAUGUUUCCAUUGUAAAAAUGGACGCAACAGCAAAUGACGUUCCACCAACGUUUGAAGUUAGAGGUUUUCCAACUUUAUAUUGGGUUCCUAAAGACUCUAAAGAUAAACCAAUCCGAUAUGAAGGUGGACGGGACUUGGAAGAUUUCGUCAAAUAUAUCGCUAAACAAGCAACUAAAGAACUGAAAGGAUUCGAUAGGAAAGGAAAUGAAAAGAAGGAGAAGACUGAGUUGUAAGAGAGGAAGAUAGAAAUCUGCGAAAGUUUCUGAGUGGGAAACUAUUUUUCGUUUUUGUAUUUUUAUUGUUCUUGUGGAUUUAAAAUAAGUGUAGACCUCAAUAAGUUUUUGUAAUUAAAAGAUUUUGAAAAAUUAAAAA